CGUGUGCCCGCACUCACGCGUGGUGAAUGAGUCUCGCGUGCUUUCCCGCCAAAACUUGGCAAUGGAAUUUCCCAGCCCCAGCAAGGCGGAUGUAAGGCCUUAGCAGAGGGCUGGGAGGGCGCGGAAGCGAGCGACUGCUUCCGCUCAGGCAGCGUGCCUGCUCCCGACCAACCCGCUCAGACAGCGGUUUCCUCAGGCGUCUACACCGAAGGCAGAGGGGAGGGGGGGCGCUUUGCCUUUCCGUGGCCGCCCCGCCCACCUAUGCGCCUCUGUGAGGAGUGGAGCAGAAAGAAGCCAGAGGAAUAUUUGCGUACUGAUGGUUCUGUUUCGUACCACUGUUGUUUUUAUAAUAGGUUUUGCUUUGUGGCUUCUCCAGGCUUGGUGGCGCUGGGGCGCUGUCCUCACACAGGGCCCAAGGAGACCCUUUAUAAGCACACAAAGCCAGCCACGCUCGUGGGCCGCUGAUGCAGGGCCUCUGUCAUAAAGCCUCACACACACAUACUCGCCUGUCCGGUGACUGGCAUAAUAGCUAAGGACAUGCCUGGAGUGUGACUGUUGCCCAGGUCCUCAGCCAGGUUCUGUAAUGCAUGAUGUCUGUAAAGAACUGGAACACUACAAAGAUGUCACCUUCGCCCAGACUUAUUCCUCAGUGGAAGGACUUGAAACUCCUCAUAAAUAAUACCCUGAAGGAUAUAAAGGCUGAGGAAAAACCAAAGAAUGAUGUGAUUGUAUUGAGUGACUGGCCUGAGACUCUAUACCAGGAGCCUCACCAUCCCCAGAGCCAGCCUUUCAUCUGCUUCUACGCCAUCGAUGUCAACUAUUUUGUGUCCUUAAGCUGGGUGGAACCACAUUCAAAACAAACACAGGCAGUACUUUGGGUACAGAAGAAAGAUACAGAAAUGGGAGGAAUGAUAGAGAAGAUGAAGUUUCCUGUGAUGGAUCAAGUGCCACCCAUUGAAGCAAUGGUCCACAUAGGUUCCUACCACAUGUUAAUUGCUUACUGUGGUGACAUGCACCUGCGAUUCUUCGGAGAUCACCAUCAAGCAUUCAUAUCUCUCGGCACAGUGCCCUGUCGUUUCUUCAUCAGCUGCCUCUGCUAUGACUCAGAAGCUGAGAUACUGCUCUCUGGUUCUUGGGAGGAAGACCACAGAAGCAAAGCACCAUUUUCAUCAAAUCAUAUCACGUAUAAUACUACGAACAAAUUUUCACUGAUGAAGUUAACUUGA